UGCUAUAAAACCAGGUAAGGGGUAGGUCAGUUUGCCAUAUUUACCACCUCGCAGGCUAGGUCCUCGAUCAUUCAUUCGCGGGUUAGGCUGCUUAGCGGCAGGGAAAACCUUCCAAGGUUUCACGCACAGGGUCCGGUUUGAUCUUGCGAUUUCAGGCAAUCUUCCUUACAAGAUCUCCGAUUGGAUUAGUGAUUACCAUCACGGGCAAGAGAGUUUAACAAGGAAAAGGGUGGAAAUGGCAAUUGGACAGGGUGAGGCGAAGAAGGGCUCUCUUGCCACGAGCUUGAGCUUCUCAAACUGCAGGAGCAGCACCAGAAUCCUAGGGAGGAAGAGGGUUGCCGUCUCGCUGACUCCGGGCUCCAAAAGCCCGCACUCGCCGGUGCACACUCUGCGCAAGCAGCGCAGCACCCGGCUCCACAUGGACGACGCCGUCAGCCUUCUCGAGUCACUGCCUCAAGACGUCCUGAUCAAAGUCUUGUGCAAGGUUAACCACGGUGAUCUGAGGCAGCUCUUCCUUGUGUCGAAACCAGUCAGCGAAGCAACAAUUGUUGCUAGGGAGCUGCAUUUCGCGUUUACGACUCCGUCCCCGAAGGCCGUCUUCAGAGACGACGAAUGCGCUGAGGAAGAUGAUGAUGAUGGCCCCGGGGCGCCCAAGCAACACAGGGUUUCAAGGUCGCGCCUUGGGGGCAAGAACCUGGCGACCAUCGCCGUCAACUUGUCGACGUCGUUCGAAAGCCUGCUGGAGGUUUAAAAGGAUGUAAAUAUGACAGCACAGGUCUUGAGUUUUCGCGUGAAUUUGCCCAUGUAUUUAGCGUCAGGUUACAAGGUUUAGUCCUUUUUCCUAGCCCACGUUGUAGAGAAACUUUUAGGUGGUGUCGUAGUGCGAUAGUGGUAUACUCAUGUGUUAGUAGUAGCUUAUAUGGUCGUGUUCUUCAAUGCUCCGAUUGAAGAGCACACGCGAUGUUUUUUUUUAUCUUUAUGUAUGAAUUCUGUAAGUUAUGAGCGUCGAGUCGAGUGUUCCAACUCGGCAAGAGAAGGUAUGCUGCGGUGUAUGAUAUCUGUAUACUAUACACGGGAAGGUAAACUAUUUUAUGUCGAUGCAGAAUAAA